CACAGGCGCCGUCUCCCCGAGGCUUCUCUUCUCUGUUGUGACUAUGGUGAGGGUUAGUGUGUUGAAUGAUGCUCUGAAGAGUAUGUACAAUGCCGAGAAAAGGGGCAAGCGCCAAGUCAUGAUUAGGCCAUCCUCCAAAGUCAUUAUCAAAUUCCUUUUGGUCAUGCAGAAGCAUGGAUACAUUGGAGAGUUUGAGUACGUUGAUGACCACAGGGCUGGUAAAAUUGUGGUUGAAUUGAAUGGUAGGCUGAACAAGUGUGGGGUUAUUAGUCCCCGUUUUGAUGUGGGUGUCAAAGAGAUAGAAGGUUGGACUGCUAGACUUCUCCCUUCAAGACAGUUUGGGUAUAUUGUAUUGACUACAUCUGCUGGCAUCAUGGAUCAUGAAGAGGCCAGGAGAAAGAAUGUUGGUGGUAAGGUCCUGGGCUUCUUCUACUAGGCUGAAUCAAAUUGAGUUUCGA